CACAGAUGGAAUCAGACUGAAUCUGAGCUAACACAAGUGUGACUCCUUGCACAUGCUGGCUUUGGUUUUCCUGGACUGGGGUCCCCACACAACCUCACAAAUGGACUUCUCUUCCUGAUCUUUCAGAGGGGGAAAAAAUGGAUCAGUAUAUCCGCAGGCUCAGGCAAGAACUGGUGUCAAUGAAAGAAGUUGGAGAAGGCUUGCAAGAGCAGAUGAACUCCAUGAUGGGGGCCCUGCAGGAACUGAAACUUCUCCAGGUUCAGUCAGCUUUAGAGCAGCUGGAGAUAGCAGGGGAUCAGAAUGCAUUCUAUGGGAUAGUGCAAGAUCACUGUUGCCAAAAUGUGAGAGAGAAUCAUGAGGUCAGGCUGAGUUCCAACCAACAGGCUGGAAAUGACAUGGCAGGUGGAACAAGUCUAGACAACAUACUGGCUUCCAAACAAGGUUAUACUCCUGCAGGCUCUCUUUGUACUUUUUCUAUGCCAGGUACAAAACAAGGUCCUCAGGUAAAAUCUUUGAAAGGGGGCAAAAUUGAAUUUGAAUGCUCCUCAUCCAUUUUAUCUUCUGUAGACACUGGACCCACUCAGGAAACAGCAUCAAUAACAAGCAACUUUCACAGGCAGCAUCCUAUGGAGGCUACAAAUACCCUUCCGGAUCCAGAUUUUUUUAUACAGGAGCAUUUAGCAGAUGAAUCAAAAGACUGGACAUCAUCCCUCAUGUCCCAGAGCAGAAAUCGUCAGCCUCUUGUUUUAGGUGACAAUGUCUUUGCAGACCUUGUGGGAAACUGGCUUGAUUUGCCAGAAUUAGAAAAGAAAGUGGAAAAAAGUGGAAGCAAUCAGAGCAUAAGCAAAUCUCAGGAAAUCUGCAAAAGACUGUCUCUUACAGCAAACUUCUUUAAAAAAGUUUUAAGAAGUGUGAGGCCAGACAGAGAGAAACUGCUCAAGGAGAAGCCUGGAUGGCUUCAUGCAGAAGACCAAGUGGCAGAUAUAUCCAAGCGAACAAAAAAGGGAAACAAGCAAAAAGGUGUAUUUUACUUUCCAUCUCAGCCUGAUAAGAAAAUCUUGCAUGGAGUUGAAAAACACCGUAAAAAAGAGGCUAAAUGCUCUAAAAUACAGGGCAUAUGGACAGAUCAGAAGCGCCAAGAAUAUCCAAGCACAGGAUUUGAUAUGAACACAGCUGUUUGGGUUUAAACUGUUUUGGGUGAUAGUUUUGAGUUGAUGGCACAAUGUGUUUUUUAGAUGGAAAGACAUUAAUGAUGCUGUACUGCAAUUCAGCAGGACUGAAUUCAAAGGGUGGCGUACAUCCUCCUUGAUUUUUUAAAAUAUUAUCUAUGUGAAUUAACUAAAUAAUUAAAAUACAGUAAUUUGAUAAUUUAGUAAAGACCAGUUAAGUAAAUGCUGAGCUGGCUUUCAGCACUUGAGAAAGAGGGAAGUGUAAAUACACAUCUCCGUUUGGGACAAAACCUGAAUUUCUUCUACCCAACACCUUAAUUUCAAUAUUUGUUGUCACAUCGAGGUGCAGGGAAAUGUCAUUAGAAGUAAUUGCACCCUGUAAACUUAAGUUAAGAAUUAAAGAGUUCCAGAAAUACUUGUCUACACUUAAAGAAUAAUCUAGAUAUUGUGACCCCCAGUUUCUAGACUUAGAAUAAAUAUUCUUGUGGACUAUUUUCAGCUAUUUUUCAUGGGGUAUGAUUAUGUUGGUUGUCACAUAUGUGGUAUAACUAUCUAUAUUAAAAUGGACUGAGGCAACUCUUUAGCUCAGUUAAGAAAAACAUGAAUUAAGAUCCCUUAUCUGGAAACCUCUUAUCCAGAAAGCUUGGAAUUAUGGGAAGGCCAUCUCCCAUAGACUUCAUUAUAAGCAAAUAAUUUAACAUUUUUAAAAUGAUUUCCUUUUUUUCUGUAAUAAUAAAAUAGUACCUUGUACUUGA